AUGUAUUGGAAAACGCCCCUACAGGCGACCUUCCUCCUUCCCUUCCUCUACUCCACCGUCACCGCCCAGGUAGCCUGCAACAACUCUCCCCAACUCUGCAACCGACCCUACAGCAACAUCACCCACCUAGGAGCUCACAACUCGCCCUUCCUCCGCGACGAGUCCACCUCCUUCUCCACCUCGGGCAACCAAUACUUCGACACCAUCACCCAACUCGAAGCGGGCGUCCGCCUCCUCACCGCCCAAGUCCACAAACUCAACAACACCGAAGGCAACCAAGCAUGGCAUCUCUGCCACAGCAGCUGCGAUCUCCUCGACGCCGGCACCCUGCAAGACUGGCUCUCCAAGAUCAAAACCUGGAUGGACAGCAACCCAAACGACGUCGUGACCCUCGUCCUCGUCAACUCUGAUGACGCCACCCCGCAAGACCUCGGUCCCCUCUUCCAACUCUCCGGCAUCGACAAGUACGCCUACACGCCCACCUCCUCUCCUCCCAGCAACGGCGUGUGGCCCACCCUGAACGCCCUCAUCCAAGCCAACAAGCGCCUCAUCACCUUCGUCGCCUCCAUCACCCCAUCCCCGCAAUUCCCCUACCUCCUCGACGAAUUCUCCUUCGUCUUCGAAAACAACUUUGAAAACGAAUCCCCGACCGACUUCUCGUGCACGCCCAACCGACCAAGCGGCCUGGGUACCCCGGAGCAAGCACUCGCUACAGGCCGCAUGUUUCUAAUGAACCACUUCCUGUACCAAGCCCAAAUCUUCGGCAUCCAGACCCCAGACGAGGAGAAUGUCAACGUCACCAACGCCCAGUCGGGCCGCGGGGCGUUGGGUACGCAGCUCCGCAAUUGCGCGACGCAGCAGGGGGGUCGGCCGCCGACGUUUGUCAUUGUGGAUUUCUUCAACGUGGGGCCUGCGGUUGCGAGUGUGGAUGCGGUGAAUGGGGUGCAAGGGAGUGUGGUGGGCAGGAGGACGCUGACGGAUAAGGUCGUGAUGGGGAGUACGUCUGGGGUGGAGGGGAGUGUGGUGAAGGGGAAGGGGAGUCUGGUCGCCGUGGUGGUGGCGGUCGUUGUGCUGGUGGGAUUGGGGGUGUAG